GCUGUGAGGAGCGCGUCCGAGGCGGGUCGGCUCGCCCCGCAGAGGUGAAAACUGAGGAACUCGUCGCGAGGCAGCGGACACCGAAAUGACAGAUUCGCAAUAUGCACGAUUUUCGUGACGGAUGACGAGUUUCACCACCACAACGACUUGACGACCCGAGUGGAAGCGUCGAGCUGAGCUAUAUACUCUAUAUCUUUCUUGGCCCUCUUGACCCCUCACUCCCUUCCCCUCCCCUCCCCUCCCCUCUCCUCUCCUCCCUUUGUCUUUCCUCUCCUCUCUAUCACGCCACUCCACCGUGGACCAUGUCUGUGUCCGUGAGGAACCCACUCCAGCGCCGACGCUCCCUGGGCCCCGUCUCACCCAAACGCAUAUAUAGGAACCUGUCAGUCAGACUGAGGGGUGGAGACUCCUCUGUUGCCAGGGAAACGGACACACCCAAACACCUGUGCAAGGCUGCAGCCGCCUACAAGACCCUGUGGGAAGCAGUGGAAAAUGAGGACACUUUGGCUGUGCAAAGCCUGCUGUCCAGGGACCGCAGUAACUGUGGAGGAGGAGGAGGGGGAGGAGGAGGAGGAGGAAGAGCUGCGUGGGAAAGAGGAGAGAAGAAAGAGGUGGACUGGGAGAGAGAGCGGGAAAAGGGGGUGAACAGGGUGAGCGAGCAAGGCCUGGUCCCCUUGGACGUGGCUGCCCUUACCCACAAUUCCCCUCUGCUCCAUGUGUUGGCCAAGGCCGGGGCAAGACACAACCCUGUUUUGUGCCGACCAUCGGAUUGGGCGUUCAAGCUGGACACUCUGGUGGAGCUGGCAGGCCAAAGAGUUGACGAGAGGAGGGAAGAGCUACUGAGGAAGGCGGGGGCGGGGCCACAGGCACGGGCCGACGCCCAGAGACAAGUUCGCCUGUGGGGCCUAAGACAACAGCUGUACUGCAGGAUGAGGGAGAACUUCCACAGCACAGACCUUCCUGGCCCUCCCAGUCAUGUGUCCAUACUGGUGACCAGCAGCUCCUCUCUCUUUGUGGCAAUGAGAGAGCCAGAUGGUGGCUCUGCUGGGCUAAUCACACGCUAUAGAGUGGAAUGGAGCAGCUCAGCCAGCUUCAAACGCAUCCUUGGCUCAGCCGAAGUCACAGACACCAAGAGCCCCUCCCACAGCAUCGCAGGACUCACAACUGGAGUACAAUAUUUUGUGAGAGUGAACGCCUACAACGUGAAGGGAUGGGGUCCGCCACAGUGCUCUACCCCAGUCAGUGCUGCCCCCUCCAGCUGGAGAGAGUGCAUUGGUGUAAAGUCACAGAUCAGGAACCAGGAAGACCAUGUGAGGAAACUUCUGGAACAGAUCAGAGAACCACAUUACAGGGGAUACUGCAUAGAGAACUCUAAGCCUCAGAGCCCCAGCAAGCGUCUGUCGGUGUCUCGAGGCAUCAAACAAUUGUUCCAGUCAGCCACCAAGUUUGUUCGCCUGUUACAGAGGGGCGUAUACCUGGCAACUGUGUUCUACCACAAGGAGAUCAUUCUUGUGACAGCAGAAGAGCUAAUCCCAUUGGUGGAGAUCCAGUGCUGCUCCACCUCCAUCAUCCAGGACUUCUUCUGGUUUGCCAAGUUGUCAUGUGCGUGGCAACAGGUGCCCCAGCUCCAGCAAGCCCUCUCUUCUGCCCAUUCGUCUUCCUCAUCCCUCCUUCAGAACAGGCACAACAUUUUGAGAGCUGUAGCCCAGCUUCAGUCAUCCCUGGGGACAAUGGACCUGGGCCAGGUGUACUACGAACCUCUGAAGGACCGGCAAGGCAAUGUCCUACUGGUGACUGUCAAGGAGUUCCCCAACCCUCCCAGCCCUCCUGAUCCUCCCCUCCACUGGGUGCCCCUAGCCCGCCUGGAAAAGAACCGCAGCAGAGCCCCUCUCCUGCCGGAGCCCACCGCCAUGGAUACGCUCAACGAACAGCUCAGAGAGAAAUUGUCCUUCCACAGAUACAGCACCCAGUGGGCCCAGCCGGGUCUGUACGUGGGCAUACUGAAGCUCUGUAGCUCCGUGGAGCAGAUCAGGGUCCUGGUGCCCCGGAGGCUGCCCAACCUCCUCUGCCAUGCACGGGUUCGCCACAACCCCCAUGUGACAAGGGAGGAAUGGGCUUGGCUACAGAGCCACGUCUUCACCACGGCCAAUGGCAGCAUUCAGAAUCUGUCCAUUGGCGAAGACGAGAGCCAGAUGGAGAGCAGUGGGCUGGUGGAGUUCGUCAGGUCUCUGAGAGCAGCAGUCACCCUCCUCCUGACAAAGCUCAACAUCCCCCUCUACAGGGCCUAUCAGUAUGGUGUGUACACGCGGGAGCUGCUACAGUUUGGGAACAAGUUGUCCAUGCUGCUGCUGCUUCCUCCCAGUGAGGACUUCAGUUCCAGCUACUGGCCUCUGGUCGGGACCAAGGAGCCCGGCCUCACCAUGCCCCUGCAGAUCUUUGAGCUGGUUCACUUCUGGACCUACGAGAGAGACUUCCUCUCCCACUACUGCCAGACCUGGGUGAGGCUGGAGCUGGACACUCAUCUGGCCCAACAGGCUCUGAGGGAGGCAAUGGACACCAAAGAGGUGCAGGAGGCCCGGGAACGCCUAAACCACAUCACCCAGCUGUCACAGCAUCUUGAUUCAGUAUGGAGGGAUGCUCGCUGGAUCAUGGACUGUCUGCAGUGUGUUCGGUCCAGGCAGUGGGUGGGGGCAGUGCCCCUGGGUCUGGUGAUGGGGGGAGACCCACCGCCCCUCCCUGACACUGAAGAAGAAGAGGGGAGUUUGACUGCCAGACUCACCUGGCCUCAUCGCCUACAAGCGCAGAGAAUCCUCACAGAGAGCUUAGUCAGUGUGAGCCCAGCAACAGUCACUAGCACGGAGGUCUCUGCUCCAUUAGGUGUUCUGGUUGUCCCAGAAGAGGCUGCUAUAGUUUUAAUGGAAGGCGUCACUAAGGGAGGGUACCCCGUAGACAUUAACGCCCAAUCAAAUUUGGACUUGACCAGCACUGGCCAGUCAGAACUAGGAUGUGAUAGCGUUUUCAUCGAACCCGGAAUAGAACCUGACAUUGGUAGCCAAACAGAAAUGGGAUAUGCUGGUUUGGUUGUACCAGAGCCAUACAGCGGGGAACAGGACUUUCCUCCCAGCAUCAGUGAGGUGAUAGAGCCGAUGGAGAUGGCAGAGUUGGUGGACAUCUUGCCCACACUGAGUCUUAUAGAGGAAGAGAGUCUGCCAAGUGAUCAAACAACACCAACUGUAAUGGAUAUGCUGGAGAGCUUUGGGCUGGGGAUUGGUGAAAACACCCCAUUCUUUGACUUUGAAAGUGGAGCCGAAAAUCUCUCAUGCUCAGAAAUCCAUUGUAAGGACAGCAGCACAACGGCCCCAGAAUGUGCUUUGGGAAGGCGAUCCUGUGAGAGUACAGCUUUCCCGGGUCAAGAGACUCCUGCCCCUGCCGAGGCGAAAGAAACUGCAGCUGGGAGCCAAGACUUCUUUUUAGAGGAAGCAGAGACACAGGUCCCCGGCAAGUGUUUUACAAUGAAAAACCAGGUGGAAUGGGUCCGCUCCCUUCACAAGCCAUCUUGAUGCCUCCUGAAAUUCUAAUCUGUUUCUAACCUGUGUCUCUCAGAUCUUUUUGAAUGUUGAGCAAAAAAAUGAUUCUGUAUGAUACAGUGGAGGAGGCAUGCAAGCAUCCUAGCUACUCCUUCUAAGGUCUGGAGUAAAAACCCUCUCUAGCAAGCUGACUAGUCAUAGCACUGUCAAAUCUUAAUUUAAUCAUUACCCUUUGCUCACACCAACACAUCAAAUCAUGAGCUCCAACUGCAGUUGUUGAUUUUCAAAGACCUAAAAAAAGCCGCUGAUACAAUG